CUUUUCUUCACUCCACACUCGUUAACAUAAUAAUAACAUUUCCACCGUCAAUAUCUAUCUGCGUCCAUUGGAAGGCUCUCCCUCUCCAAUUAGGGUUAUUCUGCACCCACAUUCUCUCAAAUCUCUCCGAAUCCGAACGACCCAAAGCAGAAGAAGCCAGAAUGGCCACAAAAGUGUUUCUCUUUGCGCUAUGUGCGAUCCUCCCGGCGCUUAUUGUUAGCGCCGGCCGCCCGGCCAGAAACCCCUUCAUAGUGAGAGGAAAAGUCUACUGCGACACCUGCCGCGCCGGUUUCGAGACCUCCGCCACCACUUACAUUCCCGGUGCUAAGGUUAGGAUCGAAUGCAAAGACAGGAACACAAUGCAACUCUUAUACAGCAAGGAGGGAACAACCGACUCUACUGGAACCUAUAGUAUACUGGUGGCUGAGGACCAUGAGGACCAGCUUUGUGAUGCUAUGCUUGUUAGAAGCUCCCAGGACGACUGUGCAACAGCAUCCCCAGGCCGUGAGCGUGCCCGUGUCAUCCUCACCGGCUACAAUGGCAUUUCAUCCAACAAUCGUUUUGUCAAUGCCAUGGGCUUCAUGAAGGAGGAGGCCUUGUCUGGCUGUGCCGAGGUCCUCAAGCAAUACCAGGAGGAUGAUGAGUAGUUAUGCUUCAUGUACUUCAAAUGUGUCUAGUAAUUAAGCUAUAUUCUAGUAUGUAUUUACUUCUAUAUUGAUGGAUUGCUAUCUCAACCUCAUCUAGAAUGAGUUCAUUUACGUUGUUCAUUGGACUCUGCUACCAAUUAAAUUAAGCACCGUUUCUUUUA